CUCCCGGCUCAGAGGGGCCGCGAUGGGGAACCUGCCGGGGGUCCUGCCCGGGGCCCCCCGCGCCUGCCCCGGCCUCGGCCUCUGCUCGCGCCCGCGCGGCCCCGCGCCCGAGGACCCUCCUGUCAUCGCUGCCAUCGCCGCUGUCACCGAGCCCCCCGGCCCGGCGCCCGCUCACCCGGCGGAGCCCCCGCGCUUCGCCCGCCUGAAGAACUGGGAGACGGGGAGCAUCAGCUACGACACGCUCUGCGCCACCGCGGGGCAGGAGCUGCCCUGCUCGGGACAGCGCUGCCUGGGGUCCCUGGUGCUGCCGCGGCCGCUGCCCAGCCCGACCCCCGAGGGGAUGCGACCCCCCGAGGAGCUGCUGGAGCUGGCCCGGGACUUCAUCACCCAGUACUACGUGUCCCUGCGGCGGGAGAACUCCCCGGCACACACGCAGCGGCUGCGGGAGGUGGCUGCGGAGAUCGAGGCCUCGGGCUCGUACCGGCUGCGGGAGCCCGAGCUGGCCUUCGGGGCCAAGCAGGCGUGGCGGAACGCGGCUCGCUGCGUCGGCCGCAUCCAGUGGAACAAGCUCCAGGUGUUCGACGCCCGGGACUGUGCAGGGGUGGGGGAGAUGUUCAGCCUCCUCUGCUCCCACAUCCAGUUCGCCACCAACCGCGGCAACAUCCGGUCUGCCAUCACCAUCUUCCCGCCGCGGGCACCGGGACGGGGCGAUUUCCGCAUCUGGAACCCGCAGCUGAUCCGCUACGCCGGGUACCGGCAGCCCGACGGCUCCGUGAGGGGCGACCCCGCCAACGUGGACAUCACCGAGCUCUGCAUCCAGCACGGCUGGACCCCCGGGGGGGGCCGCUUCGACGUGCUGCCGCUGCUGCUGCAGGGCCCCGACGAGUCCCCCGAGCUCUUCCCGCUCCCCCCGGAGCUGGUCCUCGAGGUGCCGCUCCAGCACCCCACGCUGGAGUGGUUCUCAGAGCUGGGGCUGCGCUGGCACGCGCUGCCAGCCGUGGCCAACCUGCUGCUGGAGAUCGGGGGGCUCGAGUUCCCCGCGGCCCCGUUCAACGGCUGGUACAUGGGCACCGAGAUCGGCUCCCGCAACCUCUGCGACCGCCACCGCUACAACGUGCUGCCCGAGGUGGCCCAGCGCAUGGGGCUGGACACGGGGACCAGCUCUUCCCUCUGGAAGGACCGGGCGGCCGUGGAGGUGAACGUGGCCGUGCUGCACAGCUUCCAGGUGGCCCAGGUGACCAUCGUGGACCACCACGCGGCCACCGAGUCGUUCGUGAAGCACCUGGCGGCGGAGGGGCGGGCACGGGGGGGGUGUCCCGCGGACUGGGCCUGGAUCGUGCCCCCCCUCUCGGGCAGCCUCACCCCCGUCUUCCACCAGGAGAUGGUCAACUACCAGCUGCGGCCCACCUUCCGCUACCAGCCCGAUGCCUGGAAGGUUUACGUGUCCAAAGGCACCACCGUCACACGGAGAAAGACCUUCAAGGAAGUGGCCAAGACAGGACUGAGCACCCCUUUCCCCUCCCACCCCGCAGGCGGGUCCCCCCCCGGACCACGCUGGGUGCUGCAGCCGCGGCUGCCCCCCUGCACCCUGGCCCAGGCUCUCACCUUCUACCUGGACGUGGCGGCCCCCCCGACCCCGCAGUUCCUGCAGCUCCUGGGCUCGCUGGCGCGGGACCCCGCGGAGCGGGAGCGGCUCCAGCGCCUGGCGCAGGACGCGCGGCUGUACGAGGAGUGGAAGUGGUUCCGGUGCCCGACGCUGCCGGAGGUGCUGGCCGAGUUCCCGUCCGUGGCUCUGCCGGCCGCGCUGCUGCUCUCCCAGCUCCCGCUGCUCCAGCCCCGCUACUAUUCCAUCAGCUCCGCGCCCGGCGCCCACCCGGGCGAGAUCCACCUCACCGUGGCCGUCGUCACCUACCACAGCGAGAACGGGCAGGGCCCUCUCCACUACGGCGUCUGCUCCACGUGGCUGGCGCGGCUGCAGCCGGGGGACACGGUGCCCGCCUUCAUCCGGGGGGCCCCCUCGUUCCGGCUGCCGCCCGCCCCCGACACCCCCUGCAUCCUCGUGGGCCCCGGCACCGGCGUCGCGCCCUUCCGGAGCUUCUGGCAACACCGGCUGCACCUCCUGCACACCGAGGGUGUCUCCCUGGGCCCCAUGGUGCUGGUGUUUGGGUGCCGCUCGUCUGCCCUGGACCACAUCUACUGCGAGGAGAUGGAGCAGGCGCGGGAGCAGGGGGCCCUCAGCCAGGUGCUCACGGCCUUCUCCCGCCAGCCCGGCACCCCCAAGACCUACGUGCAGGACGUGCUGCGGGCACAGCUGGCGGCCGAGGUGCACCAGGUGCUGUGCCAGCGCGGGGGCCACAUGUACGUGUGCGGGGACGUCACCAUGGCCACCGAGGUGCUGCAGACCGUGCAGCACAUCCUGGCCCAGGAGGGAGACAUGACGCUGGGGCAGGCGGGGGACGUCAUCAGCGAGCUGAGGGACAAGAACCGCUACCACGAGGACAUCUUCGGGCUGACGUUCCGCACGCAGGAGGUGGCCCUGCGCAUCCGCAGCCAGUCCUUCUCCCUGCAGGAGCGGCGCCCGCCGGGCCCGGCGCCCUGAGCGGGGACAGGGGGACACGGGGGACAGGGGGGACAGGGGGGGCCCUGCGGCUGUGCCCCCCGUCCCACCACCCCCAGUAAAGGUUUUAGUUUUGAUA